UCAGUAUUGAAUUAUUAACUAACCCAGUUAAAUUUAGUGGCAGAACUGAGACGCUCUCACUUUGAAAGUAAACAGAACUAAAACGCCUGGAGAGGUUUUCAUCGUCUCUGCUGCAGACAGAAGCUCGGCUCAGGUGUUUGGUUCCUUGAACAUGGAGCUGCUGCCCUCGUUGCUGUCCACCCUGAAGUCCAUGGAUCCUGGUACUGUGGAUCAGGAGUACAGUGUGGUGCGUUCAAAGUCGCUCCUGUUAAAAAAAGAGCAUGAUUUCACCACAGAGGUUGGAUCCCUGAAGGAGAACAUCAAGAAGAACCGAUACAAAGACAUCCUGCCAUAUGAUCAGACCCGGGUGGUGCUUUCUCUGCAGACCUCAGGUUCUCACUCUGAUUACAUCAACGGCAGCUUCAUCCAGGGGGCGUCAGGUGACUGCAAAUACAUCGCCUCUCAGGGGCCCCUCAGCUCCACUGUGACUGACUUCUGGAGAAUGAUCUGGCAGCACAGCGUCAAGGUAAUAGUCAUGGCCUGCAGAGAGACAGAGAUGGGGAAGAGGAAGUGCGAGUGUUACUGGGCAGCUCCUCAUCAGUCUGCAGCAUUCGGACCUUUUACCGUCACCACUCAGGUGGAGAAGCGAUACAAUGAGGACAUUGUGGUCAGAACUCUGACUGUCAGCUACCAGCAGGAUGCCCACUCAGUGAUUCAGUUUCAGUACUUAUCCUGGCCGGAUCAUGAUGUUCCCUAUGAGACAGCAGGAGUUCUGGACCUGCUGGAGCAAGCCAGAAGAAGCCGAGGAGCUGAUACUUCACCUGUGCUGAUCCACUGCAGUGCAGGCUGUGGGAGGACAGGAGUCAUCUGUGCUCUCGACUACAUCUAUGACCUUCUAGUUACCAAGCAGAUUACCAAGGACUUCAGCAUCCUGAACAUUGUCCUGGAGCUCCGCAGACAGAGGCCCUCUGCUGUGCAGACCAAAGAUCAGUACCGGUUCAUCUUUACUGCAGUGAUCAGCAUGUUUGAACGCUUCCUGCAGACGUCGGAUGUUCAGCUCUACUGCAACUUGCCUGAGGUGAAAAUACGGGAAAAGAAAACCUCAACAGCAGCAUCAUCGUCCAUCAACAGAUUAUCAAAGAGGGCUACCAUGAAUGAUACGUAUGCUGUGGUCAACAAGCCCAAGCAACCCCACCAAACCACAUCAGAACGGGCCUACUCUUCUGUGGUCACACCCAACCCUGGAAGCAGGAGUCUGCCUCCAUCUCAUCACUACGACAACGAUUUCAAUGGAGCAUCUGCAGCUCCCAUCUACAGCACCGUAAAACCCAGAGUUAAACCUCUGACCCUGCCACACUCAACCUCAAACAUAUACGACAUUGCGACACCAACCAGUCAGUCGAGGGAGGGCUCGGACUAUGACCUGGUGUCAGCUGAACAUCUGUCAGCAGCUGAUGAUGAAUACGAAGACAUUUCUUCUCCUGUGUCAAACGUUAGCAGUUUCUUUUCGCCCGGUGGCAUUGCUUUAGGAUUUAACUGCCGCAUCCAGAAGCCUAAAGGACCCAGGGAUCCUCCAGCUGAGUGGGGACGGCUGGAGAGGUGAACUGAUGAACUGGCUUACAAUGGACCAUCAGACGGGACUUGAUCAGUUAUCCAUGAGGAAUAAAGUUUGAGUAGUCAGGAUUUAACAGACCGACAUCACGGUUAUUUGUUCAGUUACCGUAAUGUUCUCAACACAUGUAUACAGUUUCUUUUUAAAAUUGUACGAAGAGCUUCGGUUGUGUUUCAUGAGGUAAUGAUUUUAAAAACUUUCUUAAGUCCAAUUAAACUUCAUAAGAACCGAA